GUUAAUGGACACCAGGACGGCUACUGCAGAGCUGGGCUGGACAGCCAACCCUGCCUCCGGGUGGGAAGAAGUCAGUGGCUAUGAUGAAAACCUGAACACUAUCCGCACCUACCAGGUGUGCAAUGUCUUCGAGCCCAACCAGAACAACUGGCUGCUUACCACUUUCAUCAACCGGCGGGGGGCCCAUCGCAUCUACACAGAGAUGCGCUUCACUGUGAGAGACUGCAGCAGCCUUCCCAAUGUCCCUGGCUCGUGCAAGGAGACCUUCAACUUGUACUACUAUGAGACUGACUCUGUCAUUGCCACCAAGAAGUCAGCUUUCUGGUCUGAAGCCCCCUACCUCAAAGUAGACACCAUUGCUGCAGACGAGAGUUUCUCCCAGGUGGACUUUGGGGGAAGGUUGAUGAAAGUCAACACAGAAGUCAGGAGCUUUGGGCCUCUUACUCGAAAUGGGUUUUACCUCGCCUUCCAGGAUUAUGGAGCCUGUAUGUCUCUCCUUUCCGUCCGUGUCUUCUUCAAAAAGUGUCCCAGCAUUGUGCAAAAUUUUGCAGUGUUCCCAGAAACCAUGACAGGGGCAGAGAGCACAUCUCUGGUGAUUGCUCGGGGCACAUGCAUCCCCAAUGCAGAGGAAGUCGAUGUGCCCAUCAAACUCUACUGCAACGGGGAUGGGGAGUGGAUGGUGCCCAUUGGGCGCUGCACCUGCAAGCCUGGCUAUGAGCCCGAGAACAGCGUGGCCUGCAAGGCCUGUCCUGCAGGGACAUUCAAGGCCAGCCAGGAAGCUGAGGGUUGCUCCCACUGCCCCUCCAACAGCCGCUCUCCUUCAGAGGCGUCUCCCAUCUGCACCUGCCGGACUGGCUAUUACAGAGCGGAUUUUGACCCUCCGGAAGUGGCAUGCACUAGUGUUCCAUCAGGUCCCCGCAAUGUCAUCUCCAUUGUCAAUGAGACAUCCAUCAUCCUGGAGUGGCAUCCCCCAAGGGAAACUGGUGGGCGGGACGAUGUGACCUACAACAUCAUCUGCAAAAAAUGCCGGGCAGACCGCAGGAGCUGCUCCCGCUGCGACGACAACGUGGAGUUUGUGCCCAGACAGCUGGGCCUGACUGAGUGCCGCGUCUCCAUCAGCAGCCUGUGGGCUCACACCCCCUACACCUUCGACAUCCAGGCCAUCAAUGGAGUCUCCAGCAAGAGCCCCUUCCCCCCACAGCAUGUCUCCGUGAACAUCACCACAAACCAAGCUGCCCCCUCCACUGUUCCUAUCAUGCACCAGGUCAGUGCUACCAUGAGGAGCAUCACUUUAUCAUGGCCACAGCCGGAGCAGCCCAAUGGCAUCAUCCUGGACUAUGAGAUCCGGUACUAUGAGAAGGAGCACAAUGAGUUCAACUCCUCCAUGGCCAGGAGCCAGACCAACACGGCCCGCAUCGAUGGGCUGCGGCCUGGCAUGGUGUAUGUGGUGCAGGUGCGCGCCCGCACGGUGGCUGGCUACGGCAAGUUCAGUGGCAAGAUGUGUUUCCAGACUCUGACAGAUGAUGAUUACAAGUCGGAGCUGAGGGAGCAGUUACCCCUGAUUGCUGGCUCAGCAGCAGCCGGGGUCGUAUUUGUCGUGUCCUUGGUGGCCAUCUCCAUCGUCUGCAGCAGGAAACGAGCUUAUAGCAAGGAGGCUGUGUACAGUGACAAACUUCAGCAUUACAGCACAGGCCGAGGCUCCCCAGGGAUGAAGAUCUACAUUGACCCCUUCACUUAUGAGGACCCAAAUGAAGCUGUCCGGGAGUUUGCCAAGGAGAUUGAUGUAUCUUUUGUGAAAAUUGAAGAGGUCAUCGGAGCAGGAGAGUUUGGAGAGGUAUACAAGGGGCGUUUGAAACUGCCAGGCAAGAGGGAAAUCUAUGUGGCCAUCAAGACCCUGAAGGCUGGGUACUCAGAGAAGCAGCGUCGGGAUUUUCUGAGUGAGGCAAGCAUCAUGGGCCAGUUUGAUCAUCCCAACAUUAUUCGCUUGGAGGGUGUUGUCACCAAGAGUCGGCCGGUCAUGAUCAUCACAGAGUUCAUGGAGAAUGGUGCUUUGGAUUCUUUCCUCAGGCAAAAUGACGGGCAGUUCACAGUGAUCCAGCUGGUGGGUAUGCUCAGGGGCAUCGCUGCAGGCAUGAAGUAUCUGUCCGAGAUGAAUUAUGUUCACCGGGACCUGGCUGCAAGGAACAUUCUGGUCAACAGUAACCUGGUGUGCAAGGUGUCUGACUUUGGCCUCUCCCGCUACCUCCAGGAUGACACCUCAGAUCCCACCUACACGAGCUCCUUGGGAGGGAAGAUUCCUGUGAGAUGGACAGCACCAGAGGCCAUUGCCUACCGCAAAUUCACUUCAGCCAGUGAUGUCUGGAGCUACGGGAUUGUCAUGUGGGAAGUCAUGUCAUUUGGAGAGAGACCCUACUGGGAUAUGUCCAACCAAGAUGUCAUCAACGCCAUCGAGCAGGACUAUCGGCUGCCCCCUCCCAUGGAUUGCCCCGCUGCUCUCCAUCAGCUCAUGCUGGACUGUUGGCAGAAGGACCGGAAUAGCCGGCCCCGCUUUGCAGAGAUUGUCAACACCCUGGACAAGAUGAUCCGGAACCCGGCAAGUCUCAAGACCGUGGCAACCAUCACCGCUGUGCCUUCCCAGCCCCUGCUCGACCGCUCCAUCCCAGACUUCACAGCCUUUACUACCGUGGAUGACUGGCUUAGUGCCAUCAAAAUGGUCCAGUACAGGGACAGCUUCCUCACUGCUGGCUUCACCUCGCUUCAGCUUGUCACCCAGAUGACAUCAGAUUUAUAAACUCAAGCCAUCAAAGAGAGCAUCCAGAUGGAAAGAACACAGCCAGCCAGCACUUUAAACAACAGAGCAGAAAAGAUAUUGCACUGAUUCAGCGACAAGUGGCUGUGUGGGAAGAACAUCCUCAGUCUUCAUCGGUGCUUGUAAAUAAGCAUACAUUUCCAUCCCCCACAAAUUAUUUACCAGUCUGCUGCUCCCAUAGAAGUUUGGAGGAGUACACAAAAUAAAAUUAUUCAAUAAGGCAAGAGCUCUUAAAGAUCCAUGUGGUCCAUCAUUUCCCAAGAAUGUUCUGAGUAGCACCAGUUGUGGGAAAUAUUAAUAAGUUCUCCUUGGAACAAAGGUCCCACGGUCAAAUAAAUUUGGGAAAUACUGCGUACUUUAUCACCCUCUUGAAGAUUCACUGCUCAUAUUAGCAUUA